AUGUCUGCACCAGAUGCUGCUUCUAAACCUGAGUCUGCACGGUACAUAAUUGACCGAGGCGUCGUGAGCGGCGGAACCUCAAUCCAUAACAUUAACCCGGGUCUUUUGGUUGAAAAGAUUUUACGUGAACGUAUCUUUGAAUCUCUUUACUAUAAAGAAAAAUGCUUCGGUCUUAACGUCGCUACAUUAUGUGACCGUGCUGUAGAGCUUGAAUAUAUAGGUGGCCAAUACGCAAACCAUAGAGUCUCUCCAUUUCUUUGUCUUCUCUACAAACUUAUUUUACUACAACCUAAACAUGACAUUGUUUUGUUAUACCUCACUCAAAAUGAUUUCAAAUAUCUUACCGCCAUUGCCGCAUUCUAUGUUCGCCUUUUCUUUGAACCACAUCAAGUCUUUGCUACCCUUGAACCCCUUCUUGCCGAUAAACGCAAACUUAGAUUCAGAUCAAUGGCCGGCGUCAGCCUCACUUACAUGGACGAGUAUAUUGAUACCUUAUUGACCCAAGACCGUGUCUGUGAUAUUACUCUCCCACGUCUACCUAAACGUAUUGUCCUUGAAGAUGCAGAGAAACUUGAACCCAGACUUAGUGCCAUUGCAAGUGACUUGGAGGAUUCAUCAUCUUCUUCCGACGAUAGCGACAGUGACUAA